AUCUGUAAGCUCCUGCACAGAGUCGGUGCUCUUCUCGAGAUUCAUCAUGAGCACAAUGUGGACUGUGCUGCUGCUUUGUGUUUCUGUUUAUUUGUGCGUUCCAUCAAGGUCUUAUGGUGCAUUCAUAAUCUCAAGGGAUGUCCAACAGGAUAGUGAUGGCACCGUCCUCAAGCUUUUAAAGAAACGAAGUGUGGACAGUGCUCUGAUAGAGGUCCAGAGUGUGAAGAUAGACUGCAAGGUGGCGUCUCGUUUCGCCCACACUGUCAUGACCUCCACAGUUCUGAACAAGGCCAACUUCUCACAGGAAGUGUUCUUUGAAGUGGAAUUACCAAAGACGGCCUUCAUCACCAACUUCAGCAUGGAGAUUGACAGCAAGAUGUAUGUGGGAGAGGUUAAAGAAAAGGAGAAAGCCAAGAAACAGUAUGAGAAGGCUGUGUCCUCUGGACAGACUGCUGGUCUGGUCAAGGCCUCAGGUAGAAAGAUGGAGAAGUUCUCUGUGUCUGUGAACAUCGCCGCCAACAGCAACGUUACAUUCACACUUACUUAUGAGGAGCUCCUUCAGCGUCGCUUUGGCAAAUAUGAGAUCGUGAUUAGAGUCAAACCCAAACAACUGGUCCAACACUUUGAGAUUGCAGCUGAUAUUUAUGAGCCGCAAGGCAUUGCGUUUCUGGACUAUUCUGCAGCUUUCCUCACCAAUGAACUGCUGCCCCUGGUGGAGAAAACUGUUACUGACAAAAAGGCCCACUUGUCCUUCUCUCCAACUCUGGAUCAGCAGAGGAAAUGCCCAGACUGUGACGGUACACUAAUAGAUGGAUAUUUCUACAUUAACUACGAUGUCAACCGUGUACAGGAUCUUGGUGACAUUCAGAUAGUGAACGGGUACUUUGUACAUUUCUUUGCUCCAGCUGAUUUACAGCGAUUGCCAAAAAAUGUAGUGUUUGUGAUUGACAGGAGUGGAUCCAUGAGAGGAAAAAAGAUGGAACAGACUCGAGAAGCUCUACUGACCAUUCUGGAUGACUUGUAUGUGGAAGACCAUUUUGGGCUGAUCUCAUUUGAUGAUAAGAUUGUGAAAUGGAGACCAUCACUGAGCAAAGCAACAAAGGAAAAUGUGAAUGCAGCAAAAGAGUUUGUAAAAGCCAUUACAGCAGUGGGCUGGACCAAUAUCAAUGAUGCUGUUUUACAUGCUGUUAAUAUACUAACUGCAGCCAAGAAAAACAAAACUGUCCCAGAAAAUAGUGCCUCCAUGAUCAUCCUGCUGACAGAUGGAGAUCCUACCUAUGGUGAGAAAAACCUAGACACAAUAAAACACAAUGUCCAGACUGCCAUUGGUGGAAACAUGAGCCUCUUCUGUUUGGGCUUUGGCUUUGAUGUGGACUAUAGUUUUCUGGAUGUGAUGGCGAAGCAGAACGAUGGUCUAGCUCGCAGGAUCUAUGAGGCAUCAGAUGCCAUUCUUCAGCUGCAGGGAUUCUAUGACGAAGUGGCAAGUCCUCUCCUAUCAGAAGUACAUUUUAAUUAUCCAGAAGACAAAGUGAACUCCCUGACUGGCAGUUAUUUCAAGCAGCUCUUCAAUGGUUCUGAGAUUGUGAUCGCAGGCCAACUGAACGACAUCCAGAUGAAUGAUUUUGCAGUUGAGGUUUCUGCUCAGGGGGCAGGGAAUGACUUUGUGGUGAAAGGUCAGGCCAGUGCUCAGAAGUGGGAUACCAUUUUUCCUGAUCAAGAGUACAUUUUUGGAGACUUCACAGAGCGUCUCUGGGCAUAUCUUACCAUCCAACAGCUCCUGGAUAAAAAAGACAAGGGUACUCCUGAGGAAAAGGCGAACGCCACAGCUGAAGCACUGGAACUCUCCCUGAAAUAUAACUUUGUCACCCCGCUGACCUCCAUGGUUGUCACUAAGCCUGAAAAUGAGGACAAGCCAGAAGAUGCAUUCAUUGCUGACAAGCUAACUGAAGAUCAGCGUAAAUUUACAGGCACUUCAAUUCCAAGUCAAACUGUUCCUCAGACCGGAACUGUUCCUCAGACUUCCUAUAGUUAUGCUUCAUCACCUGUAAAUUUCGUUGAUGGAGAUCCACAUUUCAUCAUUGAGUUACCAGAUAAAAAUGAUGCACUGUGCUUCAACAUCAAUGACAAACCAGGUACCAUCUUCAACCUGGUUAAAGACCCUCUGACAGGGACUGUAGUAAAUGGACAAACCAUUGGAGACAAGAAGGUGGACCCUGCUAACAAAAACAACACCUACUUUGGGUGCUUUGGGAUCAUUCAUGAGAAGUUUGGUAUCAGAUUAAUGGUGUCCACACAGGAGAUCUUAGUGUCUGAACAUGGCAAACAGACAAAACUCUUCUGGUCUGACAAUACCUCUGUCAAAGGCCUCAACAUGGACCUGCAAGUAACCAAAGAUCGCAGUCUAACAGUGACCCUGAGGAACUCUGUGAAAUUUGUUAUUAUGCUGCACAAAGUGUGGAAGAAGCACCCCUACCACCAGGACUACCUGGGCUUCUACACCCUGGACAGCCAUCUUUUCUCCCAAAGAGUCCAUGGCCUGCUUGGACAGUUCUAUAAUGGUGUACAGUUUGAGGUGAGCGAGCUCUUUGCUGGUAAAGAUGUGGACAAACUUGAUGCCUUCAUGUUGGUGAAGGGACACAGGAUUUUAGUCACAAGGGGCUGGCAGAAAGACUUCAGAAAUGAUGUGAAGAACGGAGAAAAUGUGCCCUGCUGGUUCAUUCAUAAUAACGGAACUGGGCUCAUAGAUGGAGACCUCACAGACUACAUUGUCUCUGGCCUCUUCAAGACCAACUGAGAGAGUACUCAUGUACAUUAAAGCAUUAAUACAAGAUAUAACCAGUUAUGUCCAUUUAAGCAACAAAGAAAACACUGGCCUGUCAAAAUGCUAAUCAAACAUGCUUCUCAACUGUCAAGAGUAGUUCUGUGAUUGAUGCAUAUUAACAGCAGGCUCCUUCUAUCCUCUUUUCGUGCUUUAUCCUUGGAAUUAUCAAUAAACCCUUGAAGAGCUGC